CCCGUGUAAUAUUGACGUCAUCGAAACCUCGUUUUGAUAACCAAUUAGGGAAAAUCCCGAAAAAGAAAAGUUUUAAAAAUGAAGUUUCGUCUGUCAUGUAAUACUUCGUAAAUGUCCUGAUCAUAUUUUAGCAACGACCAAAAAUAUACCAAGAUGGCAAUGAAGCAGCAGUUGACGCUUUGGAGUGAAGGAGUUGAUUUACAUGAAGCGAAUAACUUUGACAGUGGACUAGAAAAGUGGAAACAAAUUCAAAAUCCAAGUGCCAAAAUUUUAUUCAACAUUGCAAAUGUUCAAAUUCAGUUUAAGCAGCUUGAGCAAGCAGCUGAGAGUCUCAGUGGAUGUGUCGAGAAAGAUGAACAUUUAGCUGUGGGUUAUUUCCUGAGGGGUGUGGUAUAUUUCAAGACAAACAGAUUUCCUGAUGCACUUAGGGACUUUGAGGCAGCACACAAAAAGCUUAGAGAGAAAGAUGUUAUUGACUACAAACAGUUAGGGCUAAGACAUAAGCUGUACGCCUGCGAAUGUCUCCACAACCAAGCUCUAGUUCAUCUGUACCAGCAAGAUGUUGCUAAGGCUAGGCAACUUUUGGGUGAAGCCCAGAACUUGAAAGUUGAAAAGAAGCAUAGUGUUUGUGAUACUGCACUCUCCAAAGCAGCUAACAAUGAGGCAUUCCCUCUUAUAGAGAUACCAUCAGACGCCCUCUUCAAGCCUCCAAAGUCAGUCAUCAACAAUAUGGCCAAGAAAGACUACCUUGGGAAGGCAAAGGUCAUAUCUGCAGUUUGUGAAAAUGAUCGCUUCUCUGGCUUUGAUGGACCACGCCUUAUUGAAGAAGGGAAAGUUGCUGAUAAAAUUGGCAAUUUUCCACAACUUCCAAAGCGAAUUGUAAAGUCACCAGAUCUGACACGAAAACUACUGAAUCAAAUGAAAGGUCUGAUACUAGAUAAAGAUGAAACAAAAAAGAUUGACUCACAAAACACAAUUAAGGCGUCAGACUUAACAUUCAGUGGAACACAUUCCUUGCCCCGGAAUAUGUCUGCAUCUAUUAACAGUUCUUCGUUUGCUAACAUUCCUCCACCAGAACCAAUGAAAAGUGAUGGCCCUUCACCCCCGACACGUAGACAGCCACCUCCUAGCCCACCAUCUUCAAGAACUAGUGGUGUUUACCAAAAUGAGCCUUCUGAAACCUAUACUAUGCCUAGACAUUCCCCACCUAAUGUGCCCGUGUCAACUGUGGCUAUAGCUCCAAGUCAUAAAGCAAGGAGACCUCCUCCUCCUAUACCUGGGGAUACCCCAGCUCCCUCAGGAGCAAAACCUCCUCUUCCUGGAACAAAACCUGCUCUACCAAGUGAAUCUAAGAGUAUGGACUCAAAAGUUAACAUUCAGCACACUAAUGCCAGUCCUCUACCCCAAGGAAAUCCCAUCCCAGACUUGCCACCCCCCAGGUCAAGUAUGCUUGGGGUAAUGGAGGAAGACACCCCACCCCCUGCAAGACCAACAUGCCCCAAACCUUUGUCUAAACCCCCAAGUAGACCCCCACCUAGGGCCCCAGUGCAAUAAACACUCUAUUUUGAAGGGAUCGGCUUGAAAUCCAAAGAAGCUGGAAAUGCUUUAUGUACCAAAUAAUCAAAAAACCUGUGUGAUAAUACUCUGGCAGCCAUAUUAUAUGUGUCGUAUUAAAACUUUGAAAAAUGCUCAAUAGUAAUGUCUCAUUAUUUGUGAUUAAUGGUGAAAAUACACUCAUAUGUUUCCUUUAUUAGUUGCCUCAAUGCAUCCUCUAAAACUGUACAAUGCCUCAGACUCAACAUGAAGCAAGAAACAAAGUGUAAUGGCUGCUUAUAGGGUUGACUGCUCUUGUGUCAAAUAUACUUAUAUUGUUGAAACU